GCGACAUGCUAGCAGUUAAGGUAUUGUGAGCAUCCCCUUCGCCCCCACACGGAACAAUGCAUAAGAUGAUCCAUAGGAUGAGUGUGAAGAUCUGCAGUCAUGUGGCGCGUCUCUCAAUUGGAUGCGUAUCAGUUUCUCCACCAAACCUCCAUUGCCAGCGUUAAAGAGGAGACAGCAGCUCCCCGGGAAGAGUCGGACACCGGCGAAGAGGCGAUAAAGCGAGGACUGCGCUCGAACACACACACACCCACACAUACCCACCCAUCAAUUCAUACAGUAUUACGACUCAGACCUCUCCCUCCAUCCACAUCCCCCACUCCCCGGCUGCAGCUGUUUGGGUCAGGAUGCGCCAUGGGACAAGCGUGCGGACACGCUCUACUCUGCCGUAGCCAGCCGCCAUCCACCGACAUACGCGGUCAGCAAGUCUUGCUGCAUCCUGAGGAGAGUUCACUUCCUGGCCUGACAAGCAGACAGUCCACCACGUCCGAACAAGUCCAGGAUGUUCUGCUGCAGCUGGCGGCGGUUGUCGAUGUGCGCUCACUGCGAGCGGCCCUUCGAGACGGCGUCCAGGCGCUGCUACCAAGCACGGUGUGUGUAUGUGUGUACACAUUGGAGGGAAACUCGAGGCUAUUGUCUGACAACCCACCGCAUGAGCUGCCACAGGAGGGAAAGAUCAGGAGCGUUGUCGACCAGCUGAAGAGAUGUCAAUGUGCGGGAUUUCCAUCAUCGGAACUCCCGGAAAAAUACAGAACCUACCUUGCAGCGCCGCUGACGGCACACCAAAGAGCUGUUGUUAUUCCUGUCUUGGACCAGGAGAGAACCAAGGCUAUUGCUGUUUUACUGGUGGGCUGUAGUCCUCUCACUGAUCAGGAUGAAGUGCAUCUCAACAUGCUGGAAAAACAUGUCUCGGUGGCAUGUGUGCGGGUCCAGCUUGUUCAGACGUUACCAGAGGCCGCCCCUCAGCCCGUCACCGAUCCAGUCCCACAAUGCACUGCUGCAUCUCAACGUCUCGGAGCAGGAUACUGCGAGUUGGACCGUAACAUACUACAAUUGUGUGGUGAGCUCUAUGACCUUGAUGCAGCCUCUCUCCAGCUGAAAGUCAUCAAUUAUCUGCAGCAACAGACUCAGUCGCAGUGUUGUUGUCUGCUUUUAGUGUCUGAGGACAACCACCAGCUUUUCUGCCAGGUCGUUGGAGACAAAGUCCUGGAGGAGGAGAUCAGUUUCCCGCUGAUGUUUGGACGUUUUGGUCAGGUUGUGGAAAAGAAGAAGUCCAUUACUCUCCAAGACAUCAGUGCUGAGGAGCGCAGGCAGCUGUCCAGUAUGUUGGGAUGUGAGAUCUCCUCCAUGCUGUGCGUCCCGGUAGCAAGCAGGGCCACGGGCCAAGUGGUGGCGCUCGCAUGCGCCUUCAAUAAGCAGGGCGGACAGAGACACACAGAGGUUGAUGAGCAUGCCAUCCAGCACUGUUUCUGCUACACUUCAACGGUCCUCACUUCAACUCUGGCCUUCCAGAAGGAGCAGAAACUGAAAGUGGAGUGCCAGGCGCUUUUGCAAGUGGCCAAGAACCUCUUCACACACUUGGACGAUGUGUCGGUGCUCUUGCAGGAAAUUAUAGUGGAGGCCAGAAAUCUCAGCGGUGCAGAGAUCUGUUCUGUGUUCCUGCUGGAUCGCCACAGCCAUGAGUUGGUGGCCAAGGUGUUUGAUGGCGGUGUCGUUAGCGAUGAAGAGAAGGAGUUCCGUAUCCCAGCAGAUCAGGGUAUUGCAGGUCAUGUGGCAACCACGGGCCAAAUCCUAAACAUUAAGGACGCCUACUCGCAUCCUCUUUUCUACCGCGGCGUGGAUGACAGCACUGGAUUCAAGACUCGUAACAUCCUCUGCUUCCCCAUCAAAGAUGAGAACAACGAGGUGAUCGGUGUUGCUGAGUUGGUGAAUAAGAUGAAUGGACCAUGGUUCAACCGCUUUGACGAGGACCUUGCCACAGCGUUUUCCAUCUACUGUGGAAUAAGCAUUGCACAUUCUUUGCUCUACAAGCGAGUCCAUGAAGCUCAGUUCAGGUCCCACCUGGCUAAUGAAAUGAUGAAGUACCACAUGAAGGUUUCAGAAGAAGAGGUCUCUAAGCUGCUAGUCGUCGGGAUUGAACCCGUUAAGGAGAUCCAUCCGUGUUUCGCCGAGUUCACUUACACGCCGCGUUCACUGCCUGACGACACCACGCCCAUGUGCGUCCUGAGCAUGUUUGAAGAUAUGGGUUUCAUCAACAUGUACAAGAUCGACCGGCAGACGCUCGCCAGGUUUUGUCUAAUGGUGAAGAAAGGCUACAGAGACCCACCCUACCACAAUUGGAUGCACGCGUUCUCCGUCUCCCACUUCUGCUAUCUGCUCUACAAAAAUCUUGGCCUGUCCAACUACCUCGAGGAUAUAGAGAUUUUAGCUCUAUUUGUGUCCUGUCUGUGCCAUGACCUGGACCACCGCGGCACCAACAAUUCUUUCCAAGUGGCCUCGCAAUCUGUGCUGGCUGCUCUCUACAGCUCAGAGGGCUCAGUGAUGGAGAGACAUCAUUUUGCUCAGGCCAUCGCCAUCCUAAACACUCAAGGCUGCAACAUUUUUGAGAAGUUCUCCAGAAAGGAUUACCAGCGUAUGCUAGAUUUGAUGAGGGACAUCAUUCUGGCAACAGACCUGGCUCACCAUCUUCGCAUAUUCAAGGACUUACAAAAAAUGUCUGAUGACGGAUAUAAUCCAAAAAGCAGAACCCAUCGCUCCAUGCUGCUGUGCCUGUUGAUGACAUCAUGUGACCUGUCAGACCAAACCAAGGGCUGGAAGACCACUCGCAAGAUUGCUGAGCUUAUCUAUAAAGAGUUCUUCUCUCAAGGAGACCUGGAAAAAGCCAUGGGGAACAGACCCAGCGAGAUGAUGGACAGGGAAAAGGCCUACAUCCCAGAACUACAGAUCAGCUUCAUGGAGCACAUUGCGAUGCCCAUUUACAAGCUGCUGUCUGAACUAUUUCCUGGGGCCACAGAGCUCUAUGAGAGAGUGGCGGCUAAUCGAGAGCAGUGGACCAAAGUGUCCCACAAGUUCACCAUCCGGGGGUUGCCGAGCAACAACAGCCUAGACUUCCUGGACCAGGAAUAUGAGCUACUGCAGUCCCAGGGCGCUUUUGGGAGUGAUCACCUCUGCCUUAAUGGCUGCCUUGAUGAUACCGAAGCGGGGCAGGGACUGUGACGCCAUUAAGUCAAGUUUCGUGUUCUCCACUAAAAGGCCCGAGACACCUCUCUUAGCAACCUAAGAGGGUGCGGUCUAUCUGCUUGUUUGGCCGCUUCGAUGUUUGGCGGCCAUGCUGGGGGGGUUGGACAGGAGGAUGUUUCAAAUAAUUUGAAACAUGUGACGUGGUUUAGUGGUCACAUGCUACAUCCCCAUUGGAGGAGAGCAGGAAGUGGUGCAGUGACACUGAAAGCAGAUGUUUUUACAAGACGUCAACAGUUCAUACGUGCAGUACUCAUCCUGAUCAAGAUUGUACACAUUGACAAACUUUAAAAAAAAAAAAAUACUUCAACAUGUAAACUUGACAAAGUGCUAUUGUUUGAGUGACAUGUUCAUUAUUUUGGUUUUUAACGGCUUCGCUUAGUUCACGCACAAGCAGCUGCCAUCCGCUUCAGAACGCAUGGGAUGUCUUAUUUCACUUUUACACCUUUUUUCCAUCGUGAUAGGAAUAUUUUUGUAUUGACCAAUUCAAAUAAUAUAACAAUAUUUUUCAUUCAUGUAUUACCGCCAAGAUCCACAAGGGGCAAUUUGCUUUGACUUGUCAAUCCUCGAGACAAAAACAUUUGACAAUCACGUUCAAAGUCACACCUUGACUUAUUUGACACUCACUUAUCGUCGAUAUUUCUUUGCCAAUUUUUUUAUAACUGGUUUCCUCAUAUAGAACCACUAUCGAUAAAGACGAAGAGAAAGCCCUUUAAAAGAUCCGUCCCAUCCGUUGUGUCAAGGAGCCAUAUUAGAUCGUGCUCCGUGGAGUGUGUCAUAUGGAUCUGCCUUAUUGUGCAUCUUUGCUGCCUUUCUUAGAGCUUUUAAUAUAUACCUAUUGAAAUAAAAGAGUCUGUUUAUUAUUGUGUAUUUGUUAUAGACAUAGCUUGACUAUCAGUGUGUUUGACCGAAGGACCACCACGCUCUGAAACAUGAAACAUGAAACAUGUAUAUUUGUGAAAUAACCUUUGUAAAAAAAAAUCUCAGUUGUCGUGUUUUGUCGGACUAAUGAAGCCACACCGAUGGAGAAUUAUUACAUAAAGGCAACCAUUUGUUCUCAGUGUGACAGGAAAAAAAAAAAUCAGAAAUGUAGCCAUGAAAAAAAAAAAAAAAAAUUCCCAAAGGUAAAAGUUUGGAAAAAAUAUUCUUUUUUUUUUCAGCUCUCAGAUUGUGCCUCAUUUUGAAAUGUUUGGAGUUUUAUGUUACAAUGCGCCACUUAUUUUGAAUCAGAAAUGCUGCAGUUGAUGUAAAGCCAACCACUGAGUAGUUACACAAUGUGAGCUACACUAUGUGUCAUGGAGGACGCCGUAUGUAGGUGUGUGUGUGUGUGUGUGUGUGUGGUUGAAUGGGUGAGAGUUCAUGACCAAAUGUGUGUGUGUGUGUGUGUGGGUAGCAGAGAAAGAAAUUCUGAUUAAGAGCCAAAUGUUUGCUAGUGCUUGGGGUUAUAUGAAAUAUGAAAUUCUAUGACAUUAUUUCACCCAUGUAAUGCUAGUGAAUAUAGAAUAUUGCACAUUAUCAGGGUGUGUAUGUAUAUGCAUUAUUUUAUUUUUUAUUUCUUUAUGAUUGUGUGUUAUGUGUGGAGUACAGGUCAGCGGAGUUGAUUCAAUCUGCCUUAGUUUUUUUUUUUUUUUUAAGUGUUUUCAAAGGGCAUAUAGAUGUUUUUAGAAUACACCCGCUUUGUGUCGUCGUCCUUGACCUGCCUUUUUCAUGUGCAAUAUGAAGUGUCUGCCUGAGUGAAUAUGUAAAUUCCCUUGCCUCUUGUUAACUUAUUUCACGAGGUCCGGGGCUCCCCAGAGGCAUUUUUUGAUAACGGUCAGUGAAGUGUGACCAUUUUAAUCCCAAAAAUGCCUCCGAGAGUUCACAUUUUCAAUACCGAGUGUGUAUUUUUUUCUCACCCCGUUUUGUCAGGGCUAUUUGUGCCAAGCAACUUCCUGGCCAAAAAAACAACAACGUAAUUUUCAUUCUCAAACGUCGGAGCGAUCAUGAGGGCUCUGUUGAUGUCAAAUCUAUUUUCUGCCACAUCCUUUUCCAGCUUGUCUUAAGAUGUUGGAAGCCAAUCUUUCAAAGCAGCAGGACUCCAACCUGCGAUCAUGUCACUGUAACGCUCAUCUGUGACUUACAGUACUUGUUGACAUUAAUGCUGUAAAUAUGAACGCUUGAAGAAAACAUUGCUGUAUUGUCUGUCACUAUUACAAAAGAACGUACUUUAAUUCUAUGUAUUUGAUGUGAUUGUUUUCAAGGUUUGUUUUUUUUUCACCCACUCUAUAUUUUUUUUCAAGAACAUGGAACAAAACAAAACUGUACUUAGGAUAUGCAUACAUUUGAUAUUCCAGCACAAAACAAAAUCCCAAACUCUUGACACUGUAUAAGUGAUGCUUUUUAUUGUUGGUUUUGUUGAGUCUGAGAGCUGGUGGUGGUUAUCUUGACUUGAAAUGAAUAAUGAUAUAUUUGAGAAAAAAGACAAAUGGAUGACAUUUUUGUUUGGUUUAUUUGUGGAAUAAAUCUGAUGAAAGGUG